UCUCUCUCUCUCCCCCCACAGCAAACUGGAGGGGGUGUCGCUGGAGAUAGUCAACAUAGGGGGACACCUCCACUCAGGAUUAUGUGCUCACCCCGUCCCUGACAGCAUCCCCCGCGGUGCAGGAUGUGGCCUGCCCGCCUCUCCGGAGAGCCGGGGGUGGCAGAGGUGGAGGACCUGCACCAGGAACUGCAGAAGAAGUUACAGGAGGUGUUGCCGUGUCUGGCGGAGGCGUUGAGGGAGCAGGCGGAGGUGAUGAAGCGGGUGGAGGCACUGCGGAGACACUGCCACCAGAACAAGACUGCUGUGGACUUCUGUCCUGGGGAGGAAGUGAAGGAAGGAGAAGAGGAAAACAAAGGAGAAGACAACAGCGAAGGAAGGCAAACAGAAAAUAAAAUCGACCUUGAUAAACUUUCAGGAAGAGGAAGAGGAAGAUGUGGAGGUGGUGGACAAGGAAGAGGAGGUGAUGGAAGUGGAUCAGGUGGAGGAGGGAAGAAGAUGUAGUGGAGUUAAUUGAAGAUAGACCAGUGACGUAUCCUCCCUCCUCCUCCUCCUCCUCCUCCACACCCUCCACACCAAGAGGAA